AUGUCGUACUAUGAUUUAGAUGUGAUCCUAACGGAUUCCGAGAAAGUCCCCUGCAAGUUCGAGCUUGAAGUCCCAGACCUAGGCUAUCUGGACAACAACCCCUCGCAACCCCUUAAAGCAGGCACAUCCGUCAACCUACCCCUAUGGCUAGCCGAGCUUCUUGCGCUGACCCAUCAAUCAUCAACGCCAUUUCUGACGCUGUCCCUUCCCCCAGCGCUCGGAGAUAAUGUAUUGAACGCGCUCAAGGCUGACCCCCGCGCCGUACCGCUGCGUGAUCAGAGCCAAAACUUCUAUGGACUGGGAGCGCGAAUGCUGGAUUUAUUUGAGGAACCUGAGCUAGGCGUGGUGUUGCGAAGAAGCUUCGUCGUUAGGGCCGGUGAGGUCGCGCUGCAUGGACGCAAAGCAGGCGCUACGGGCGAUGCUGGAUCCGCAGAGGACUUCAUGAGGGGCCUUGAAGAGUGGGAGAAGAAGUUGUACAGGCAAGCUCACGAGGGAGCGAAGGGCCAUAAGGAGUGGAUGGAUGGCGUCAAGAAGUGA